UUUCCUUUUUUCUUUCUCUUUGAAUAAGGGAAGUUUCCGUCCCUUUUGAUGUAUUAGUAUCUGAACGUGUACCCCGCAAUCUGAAACUAGCAUUGAUCUGCUUCUCUGUCGUCGCCGUAGCUCCGAAGUUCUCGUCAAUUUCAGAAGCGAUCCAGAUAUACUUUUGCCGGUUUUUCCUGGGGAUGGUGAUCAUUGAUCCUUCCUCUCCGGUCAGCACCGAUUCAGACACCGUGAGUGGAGGAAAGAUAGGUUUCUGCCUAUUUUUCCCGAGAAAGGUGUUCGCAAGGCCUUCCUCUGCGGCCAGCACUGAUUCAGACACGAAGAGCGGAGGGAAGCGAUUACUGCUGGAGCUGAAAUUGAAGGUCAAGUCUCGCCCUUACGACAAAAUCAAAAGGAAAGCCAUGCGAGUUCUAUCACUAUCGCAUCUAGGUAUAGAUACUGCUCGCUUUGAUGGAAAAGAAGAGACGCUGACGCUCGUUGGCCAUAUUAAUACAGUUGAGGUGUUGUUCGAACUGCGGAAGAUUUGCGCCAUAGACAUUUUGAGCGUGGCCAUUCUGGCUGCACGAAAUGAUACCGUUCCUACAACAGAGAGAAUCACCGAGUUAAUACUCAUGGAGGAUACUGACCUGGAAACGAAGAGAUCAGGGAUACGGAUAUGUGAAGAGGAACAAGAACAGUCGGAGAAGCAGCAAGAAGACCACCCACCACCAGGACAAGCCGAUUCUCGCAUUUCUCGGGAAGAGGAAUCACCUCUUUCUCAUCCUCCUCCUCCUCCUCCUCCGUCUCUCCCUCUUGCUUCCGAGGUUCGACCUUCAUCCUCGGCAGUCUCACAUCCGUCUCACGAAAUGUCAGAUCAGUUGCAAGCCGCUCCUGAUCAGGUGCCUGAACUUUCAUCCCCAUUUGCUCCAUCAUCUUCGCACAUUUUCCGGACUGAAAGCCCCGCAGAAAUGCCAGCACAGUCGAGCAUUUCUGGGGGAGCUUGCCUUCCCAAGGACAUGAAACUUAUGGAGGAAGAGGGACUGGGUCGGCACGAUCAGCUUUAUGACUCUGCCGUCCACCACCUCCCUUUCAGGCAUCAAUGGCAUUGGUGAGUCCAAGAGGGGUUACGACCUUCAUACCGGAGAACAGGCCAGCCGCCUCAAGGAGAUGGAAGACGCUGCCAUCAUGCUGUGUAACCAGGUGGAGGAGCUGGAGGCCAAGUUGUCAAUGGCCAACAUGUCGGAGCGCCGUCUAAUGGAUAUGCAUGAUAGGACGAAGAGGGAAUUGGCUCUUAUGCGAGAGAAAAUGGACGAGGGGGAUCGUCGGAUCGACUACUUAGAAACUGCGGUUUCCAGAUACCAGAACAGGAUUGUUGUAGCCGAAGCAGAGAAGGAGAAAGCAGAAGAGAGGGUGCGCAGGGCUAGCGCCGAGGGAGGAACCAUGAGUGCACCUCGUCCGAGCCCUGCUGAUCCAAGGAGUACCCCCCGGAGUUUUGUUCCUUCUCCUAGUCCUCGUCUCACGGACGUGGAGGUGUCCAAGGAAAGCGCUCUUUUUCCUGAACUCGCUUAUUUGGACUGACGUCGAAAAAUAAGAGGAUUUGAACUGUUCACGUGAAUAUUCGUCCAGAAGUUUACAAUUUAUAUUAGG